AGAACAUUGACCAUAUCUUGUCCGCAAGCGAACUACAUCAUGCAGUCGUCAUGAACUAAUGAGCCACGCCGCCUUUCUCACAAGUGUCACCGAACGAAAAAAUCGUACCCAAAUGGAUUUCCACAAUAUGCCCGCGAUGCACGAUUCGGAUGUGCAAUUGUCGGUGUUCAAUGUGGUGUCAGCCUGUAUUGUCGCCUUGUUAUUAACUGCCGUCAUCAUCAUCCUCGUAGUUGCUUACAUUCGAGCAAAAUCGAGAGGGGCCACCAAGAGCACUGUCAGCUCCAGCGUCACGGUGGAAUCGUAUCUCGAAUCGAUGGCGAUAAAUAACAAUAACAACAUCAGCAGUAGCAGUAGCACCUAUUUUACAAAUCCACUUUAUGCAUGCACGAACAAUCAAAAUCAUUAUGAUUCUAUAGUUUCCGUCUGAGUCGUAGAUAGUGUUAGGUAAAUGAGGCAAUCACUCACUCCUUUGUGGUAGAUUAUUCACAGCUCACCUUACUUUCAUUGUAUUUUACAUCAGGUUUCCUCUCACCUUUGACUCCGCUUUACAUUAAUUUUUAUUUAUUAC